UUGGCGAAAUCGAGUGUUUAACCUUCAAUAUUUUCUCAAUGCAUAUAGUUGAAAUUUACAGUGAAUCAAAGUGCAAUUAAGCAAGGGAUGGAGAGUAGUGGUAACGUAAUUAGAGUAAAAAAAGAGGCAAAUGAUACUUGGCUAGAUGCAAAUGUUGAUAAAAAUUUCAAUUCGGUGGAAUCUUGGGAUGUCAAAAACUGUGAAACAUCCGAAUUUCAUAAAUCAUCAGAGAAUGAGGCGUUACGGAUGAAGUUAGAUGAAGAGAUAUUUAUAGAUUUUGACUACAAAAAUGUCAAACUUGAACUCGAGUCUCUGUCAAUAAGCACCUGCAAUACUGAGUGUCAGAGUUAUUCACCCAUUGUGAAAGUAGAAGAUCAAAUUCGGACUAGUUAUUCGAACGAACGAGAGCUCAAUAUUCCAAUAGAAAAAGAAUUGGAUUGCAAUGGUAACGCUCAAUUUCGAGAAAAGGUCCGAUCGAAAAUUGAUGAAUUAAAGACGGUCAAAUUAUUGAAAAAAAAAAUGGAACCAGAUUAUUACACGAGUGCAUAGUAUGUCGAAUAACGUAUAACACAGAUAUGAGUUUAAAUAGACAUAUCAAAACGACACAUAAGAGCAUUGUAGCAAAUUACGAAUGUGAUAUUUGUCACGAACCAUUUGGAUACAAGACUUACCUUAAUAAACACACGAAAUCAGUGCAUUCUCGUAAAUCAUUCGAGUGUAACUUUUGUCACAAAUCAUUUGGAUACCAGUAUGUACUUGAAAGUCACAUAAAUACAGUACAUAAUCAAGGUAAACC